AUGAGUUUGGAAACGAAUAAACCUCGCCGAGUGGCUAUAAUUGGAGCUGGUGCAAGUGGCUUACCAUCUAUCAAAUCUGCUCUAGAGAAAGGAUUUGAGGCUGUUUGCUUUGAAAUGAGUAAUGACAUUGGUGGCUUAUGGAGAUUCAAGCCAAAUCCUUGUCCAGGAGAGGGUACUGUUAUGAAGACUACAGUAAUCAAUACAUCGAAAGAAAUGACAGCUUAUAGUGAUUUCCCCCCUCCAGAAGAAGCUGCUAACUUUAUGCACAAUUCUGAGCUUCUCAGAUAUUUCAGAGCUUAUGCUGAUCACUUCAAGUUGAAAGAACAUAUACGUUUUCAACAUCAAGUCAAAUCAAUUAAGAGACAUGGUGAUUUUGAGAAAACUGGUCAAUGGGAGGUUGAGUGGCUAGAUCUCACAACGAAUAAUGGAGCAACGGAAGUAUUUGAUGCCGUACUGGUAUGUACAGGACAUCAUACUGAACCAUUCUGGCCAAAACCUUUCCCAGGGCAGGAAGAUUUUCAAGGAAAAAUUAUGCAUAGUCAUGAUUACAAAGAUCAUAGAGGCUUUGAAGAUCAGGUUGUUGUUGUGAUAGGUAUCGGCAACAGUGGAGCUGAUAUUGCUGUUGAAUUAAGUAAAAUAAGCAAAAAGGUGUAUCUGUCAACACGAUCUGGUUCAUGGGUUAUGAACAGAGUUUGGGAUGAAGGAGAGCCAACUGAUCUCAUAUAUCUGAGCCGAUUUAUGUUUGGUUUGAAGCACACAACGCCCUGGAGUAUACGAAACUGGGCUCUCGAACGAAAACUGAACUCAAGGUUCGAUCAUGGAAGAUUUGGGUUGAAACCUGACCAUCGGGCACUUGCAGCUCAUGUAACUAUCAAUGAUGAAUUACCAAAUAGAGUAAUCUCUGGUACUAUUGUGAUUAAACCGAACGUUGGCUCUUUCACUAAAAAUGGAAUUGUGUUUGAUGAUGGUACUGUCAUAGAGAAGGUUGAUACGGUUAUAUUUGCUACUGGAUUCUCAUUCGGCUUUCCAUUAAUAGAAGAAGGAAAUUUAAUUCCCGUAAAAGAUAAUUAUGUGGAAUUAUAUGAAUAUAUGUAUCCGCCAUCAUUAUCACCCCAGAAUACUUUGGCCGUUAUUGGCUUAAUUCAGCCCACUGGUUCAAUCAUGCCAAUCUCAGAAAUGCAAACGAGAGUCUUUAUGGCAGCUUUAAAGGGUGAUAUCAAAUUGCCUACAAAGGAUAGAAUGCUUAAAAAUAUCAAAGCAAAGAAUGAUGUGAUGAAGAAGGAGUUUGUCGCUAGCCGUAGACACACAAUUCAGGUCUAUUACGUAGAAUAUAUGGAUGAAUUGGCUGAACUACUUGGAUGUAAGCCAUCCAUAUUCUUUAAAUGGUUUUAUGAUCCCAUCUUGGCUUAUCAUCUGGUCUUUCAUGGUCUUGUUCCCUAUCAAUAUAGACUUGAAGGUCCUGACAAAUGGGAUAAGGCUAGAGAUGCUAUACUCACAUUUGAGAAUCGUGUAUUCAAUGCUACAAGAACAAGAAAAACAAAAGAAACAAUGAAAAGUACUCCUACAUUUAAGCUUUUCAACGUCAUGAAAAUGCUGAGAUGA